CGCUGCUCCUCCGCGCCGUCAGACAGCCUCUCUCCACAUCGGACAGUCGACACAGAAGACAGGUCGGCCCUCCGCCUGCAUCAAUCACAUUUUAACGCGGACCAGCUGUCCGCGGCGAGUGAACCGGGAAGUGGACCAUCUCCUCGGGGCUGAUGUGGACCGCUUUUCCUCCAUGGCCAUCUGCGUCGCUCCCUCCUCCUCCUCCUCCUCCUCAGACUGAAAGAUAGCAGCGUGUAGCGGUUUGUCCGCGGUGCCGUAUAGUUCGUUACUGAACGGCACGGAGUGCUAAACGAGCUAAGGAGAUUGGCAAACCAACGUUAGUUAGCUGCAGAUGAAAGCGCAAUGCAAGCAGGUGACCAGAGAACACAUGUGUCUGAAUGGCCGUGCAGAUGAAACAUCAUGUCGGAGUGUGCGAGAUCCUCAGCUGAGUUGCGUCUUGUGAACUGCAUCAAACCAUCUGCUGAAGCCUCCUCUUGACUCGUGCUUACGAUGGAAAGCCGCGCCCUCUCCCCCGGUGAAUAGCCGGCCUCAACAAGAGGGAAGGAUCUCGGCUCGGCCUGUAAAUAAAACCCUCCUCCUUCUGCACAACGUGGGAGAAAGUGCCGCUGUGGGGCCGGUGUGGCAUCUCUGUCGGCUGAUAACCGCGUUGAGGGAUCAUCUUUCACUCCGAGCCACUCGGCUUUCAUGCCGCGGCCCCGGAGACGUCUCUCGGGGCCGAACUGUCAGCAGCGAAGGCAGAGAGACUCCACGGAGCCGCCCAGUGCACAGGUGUGAAGCCUCUUCCACAUGAGACUGAAGAGGCGUGCAUGAGGGAAUAGUCAUGCUUCUGUUUGGAGGACCUUCCUACAGGAUUAAGACACUUUAACUGGCUUUUUCUUCAUUUUUGUUCGGGCUGUGUGGUGGGAACAGGGCCAGCUGGUGUUGAGUCUUCUGCUUUAUGAGUUGACAUCACUGGAAUAGCGUGUCUGAGUGGCAGGGGGAGCCAGCAUGGCCAAGCCUCUGCUGAAGAUACAGCGCUAUUUCCGGAGGAAACCUGUCCGAUUCUUUUCCCUCAUCCUCCUCUACCUGACUGCCGGGAGCCUCGUGUUCCUGCAUUCUGGCUUCAUCGGGGACAGCAGCCCCGGGGCCAGAGGCGGCCGCAACUCGGUGGUAGCUUCAGAGAUGGGAAGCCGCACUUCAAUGUCAGGCGCUCGGGGGCUCGGCAUCAUGAGUCGAGUGUUUAAAGAGAGCCGCAGGUCUGGGCGGAGGUACGGCCCUCCGUGGAUGAAAAGGGCCAGACAGGAGGGCCAGGAGGCGGUGCGCAGGGGGGGAGACUACACCAACAACUGGAACCGUGCCCUUAAAGGACGCAGUGCCAAAGACGCGGACAAUGGGAGAGCAAAGUAUUUUGGCUGCUACAUUGAUGAUACACAAAAAAGAGCGCUGAGAGGAAUUUCCUUUUUUGACUACAAAAAAAUGACUGUAUUCCGCUGCCAGGACAACUGUGCAGAAAGAGGGUACAUGUACGCAGGUCUGGAGUUCGGAGCCGAGUGCUACUGCGGUCACAAGAUCCAGGCUCCCAAUGCUUCAGAUAGCGAAUGCAAUAUGGAGUGCAAAGGAGAGAAGAGCAACCUGUGCGGAGGAGCCAACCGACUGUCCAUCUAUCGGAUGGAGCUGAGCCAGGAGUCGGCACGCCGUUAUGGCAGUGCUAUUUUCAAAGGGUGCUUCCACAGGCCAGACAAUGUCACUCUGGCACUUCCCUUCAGCGCCGUCAUCCAAAACAUGUCCGUGGACAAAUGUGUGGACAUGUGCACGGAGAGGGAGAAGACGCUGGCCAUCCUGGCUGGAGAUCGGUGUCUCUGCGGCUUCCCGACUCCUCUCUUCUCCCUUCACGAGCCGGUGGACGAGGGCAUGUGUCUCCACCGCUGCCACGGGGAAGAGUUCGUGAGCUGCGGGAGCGACGAGUACUUUGUGGUGUACCAGACACAGGUUCAAGACAACCGCUGCAUGGACCGCCACUUCCUUCCCACUCAUGCCAAGCAGCUGGUGGCCCUCGCCAGUUUCCCUGGAGCCGGCAACACCUGGGCUCGCCACCUCAUAGAACUGGCCACUGGUUUCUACACUGGCAGCUAUUACUUUGAUGGCUCCCUUUACAAUAAAGGAUUUAAAGGGGAGCGGGACCACUGGCGGAGUGGGAGGACGAUCUGCAUCAAGACGCACGAGAGCGGCAAGAAGGAGAUCGAAUCCUUUGACUCCAGCGUCCUCAUGAUCCGAAACCCCUACAAUGCCCUCAUGGCGGAAUUUAACAGAAAAUAUGGCGGCCACAUUGGAUUUGCUUCUCAGGCCCACUGGAAAGGGAAAGAGUGGCCUGAGUUUGUGAAGAACUAUUCUCCUUGGUGGGCGUCCCACACGUUGGACUGGCUGAAUUAUGGGAAGGUGGUCCAUGUGGUCCACUUUGAGAACGUGAAGAGGGACCUAUUCUCCCAGCUGAAGGGGAUGGUGCAGUUUCUGGGUUUGAAGGUUUCGGAGGACCGCCUUCUCUGCGUCGAGGGCCAGAAGGAUGGAAGCUUUAAGCGAUCUGGGCUACGAAAGCUUGAGUAUGACCCGUACACUCCAGAAAUGAGAGCGAACAUCAACGAACUGAUCAGAACAGUAGACGCUGUCUUGAGGAAAAGGAACAUCUCUGGAGUUCCAGAGGAUUAUAUGCCAAGAUGAUAUACGUGAGCCCCUCAUUUUAUUUUGUUUCCCUUUUGGACUGUUGUCAACAGACUGCACCAUAUUUUAUGGGAUUACGUUACCUGAAAAAGUUUUUUCAAUAUUUUUUGUGAACAUGGGUUGAAGCCGUCUCUUUAACCCUCUUAUUUUGAUGUUCUUUCAUUUUCUGUUGAACCUCAGCAGCUUCAUGCAUUAAUAAAAGAGGCAGUUUUGACUGCAGAGGUUGUUUGUCUCUUUGGCUAAAUGAAAAGCACUCCUUAUCCUGCUCUAUGCACAUGUGUAGGCAUGAGCACACGCCUUAACAUGAAGACGGUACAAUAGCUGUGACUACAGAGAGGCUCGUGCUGGUGAUGUAUUGGCAGUGAAGAAACAUGUGACCCAAAAAAUACAUGGCUUAUUUUGUGCAAAAGAGAAAUAUAAGAAAUGAAAACAUUACAAUGUAUGAAUCUUCUGCUGCUAUCACAGAAUACUAUUUUAUACAUGAAAACUUUAAAACAUUACGCCCUUUGUCAGAGGGGAAAAUGCAAUAUGCAGAAUAUUGAACUACCUGAUGAUGAUGAUGAUACGGUGUGUUUCCAAGUUUUUGUAAGUUCAACUUACUGUAAGUAAGAAGACAAGUUUUCAAUGAUGAAGAGGUAAAGAACUCAGCUCCGCGUAUUCAAGACGAGGAAUAAUCCCUCUUGAAGGCACUGACUCAAGGAGAGAAGAGGAUUUAUCUCAACAGCAUUCAUUUAUCUCUGCCGUGCAGCACACAUGUCGACUAAUUUGGUUGUGAAUGUUUUCUUAACACUGGACGCUUGGUGCAGAAAUCCAAAAAGCACUUUGCUGUGCAACACUUGCCCCAAAGAUCACAGAGAAGUUAGGCGUUACACUUGUGUUAUAGACAUGACCUUUAGCAGUAGUGAUCAGUAUAGAUUUAUUUUAUGACAGUUACUGUAAUAAAAACGUUUUUUGUUCCAUUGCUUUGUUGACUGAGGUGAUAACGUUACUCUUCAUAAUUUAAAAGAAUCUCCACAAAUGUGUGAAAAAUGUCGCUCAAAUUCUCAAAGCAGCUUCUAACGGUACUCGAUGAGCUACGCCAUCGGCUAAAAAAUAACAAAUAUUUAAAUGAAUAAAAUGCUGGUGCCUGAGAGCCAGACAACAUGAACUGACUUCCACAAAUAUAUUUUUAUAGUGUUUGCUGACACACUGAUAUUUGUAUUGCUACAAGCAAAAGGGGAGAAGUUGUUUCUAUUUUUAACACAUGCUUUAAACUUUAUUGGCUCUCGUUAUUGACAAGCUGGCACUUUCUGAACAUGGGUGUCACAAAUGAAUGUAUUUUCUAUGGAAUGAAUGUAAUGUCAUAAGGCCCAAUAAAUGAGUGCAUAC